CCACACACUCCCGAACAGUAGGUGGCGGCAUGCACCUUUAACGUUUGUUUGCGGACCGCCAUUAUAUCAUAGAAGAAGAAGGCUGUGUUGUGCUCUUUCCACAAGUUGUAAAAGCAAGCAGAGUAUACUGAUGUAGCUGGCAAGCUAAUUUCCGACACUUCACACUGACACAGUGGACCAAUUUCUUCAUACUGCUCCCACCUGCAGCUUUUCAUACCGCACCCUGCCAGUGGCAAGAACUGGUCCCAAACCCAACUGCAGUCCCGCAAUGUUAUUUUAGGUGUAUGUGACGCACCUCACUUGCCAUCCAUGAUCACACCAAUUUUGCUCUCUAUAGGCAAUAUCAAAUGUGCAAAAAUAAUAAAGUUAAAUUAGCAGAGAUUCUCAAAUGGCCCUUACAGUAUAUUAGGCUAUCUGUGUUACUGGGCCCUUACAGUAUAUUAGGCUAUCUGUAUUACUGGGCUAUAUCAGCCAAUAUGAUAGAUGUAGUUUGAAGAGGGCGGAGUUGGAGAGACUUGCACUUUCUCUUGAGAUAUUUUUAUAGCCUACCUUUUAGAGGUGGGAAGAUUUUCAGAUGGAGAAAUAUAUCAAUAUCUAUUUAUAGGCAGUGUAGUAAACUAUAGCCUAAUCAUAGGCCUAUUUAGGAGGACGCUUUGCAGGCAGAGACAAAUAAAUGGGUAAUCAAUACUUAUUGAAAAUAAGAAGGCGCAAUGCUCGCUCACCAUAGCAGCCUAACCUAUGUGCACGUUGUGCCUUUUCAAUGAUGAUUACAAUCUUUGAUUGCACUUCGACUCAGGUUUGUUGAGCGCCCUCCACUUCUUUCAAUUGUCAAUAUUUAUUUACAGAAAAUGUAGGAAACUACAGUCUAAUCAUAUUUGGGCUCCCAAGUGGUGCAGUGGUCUAAGGCACUGCAUUUCAGUGCAAGUGGGGUCACUACAGUCCCUAAUUCGAAUCCAGGCUGUAUCACAUCCGGCCGUGAUUGGGAGUCCCAUAGGGCGGCACACAAAGUAAUUAAGAAUUUGUUCUUAACUAGUUAAAUAAAGGUAAAACAUUUUUUUUAUAUAUAUAUAUGAUAAUUUCAUAUUUAAGUUAACUGCCACAUAAUUCUCCGCCCAUGUAGGCAGCCUACUCUAUUUCAAUGAGACCAAACAUACUAGGGGCACUUGAACUCUAGUAUGUGAACUAAGAGAGGUAGGAUACUGAAGUUAAAGCAGUGAAUUCUGAGUGUGUGAAUAAUGCGAAAAAAUAUGUUUUUUUUAAUACAAGAGGUAGGCUAACGCAUUUAAAGCAGAAAGAGGACUGUUUCCAAAUAACUUGUGGGACAGCAAAAAUAUUUUUAUCCCAAGGUCAUCUGUCUGACUGUCGCAGAAUGAAAAAUGCAGACCGCGCACCAAUAAUUUGUCGGGACCCGCAAGUCCUGCAAGCAUCGCGGGGGAAUGCAGCCCUCUAGUGCACAGUCAUUGUACCAGGAUCAGAUGGUGACAGGGGUCCCAGCAGAGUCAGACAGCCAGGGAAGACCAGACCACAGAGCUCAGGUGAGCAGUAUAUUAACAUCAGUGAAUGAUACAAUGUUCCAUCUUACAGGACAGUAUCUUAAGCUUUAAGAUACAGUCUGGGAUCUGGGAAUAAUUAUAAUUUCAAUUAUUGAACUGUUGAUUCUAUUCUUGGAUAAUACAUUGUAUAAAUGUACACCAAGGUAAUUAUUUGUCAUGCCUCAUCUUAGGAGGAUCAGAUGGUGACAGGGGUCUCAUUAGGGUCAGGCAGCCAGGGAAGGCCAGUCUGUGAUGGAGCUGAGGAGAAUUUUUGCAGAUACAACGCUUUCUUCUCUCUGUGCAGAACACACUGGACAAGCCAGACACUAUUUUAAGACAAACCUCAAGUUGAUUUAAAACUGUAUCAAGGGUUGAUACAGGCUUUUCCAGAUGACACACAACAUGUAUAGUAAAACAAAAAGGUGAGGAAGAUCUGGUAGAAGCUAUUGAUGAUGAUGAUGAAUGGAUACAGAUGUGUUUGAAGGCCGAGUCAUGUUCAUAUCGUCUCAGACAUAAAUGACUGCAGUUUGAGACCAUCAAUAGAACGUACUAUAUGCCAGUGAAACUGAAUUACAUGCACUCAGAAAUUUCAUUCCUCUACUGGAGGUGUAAAACACAAAAGGGGACAUAUUUGCAUAUGUUAUGGGGUUGUGAAGGCUGGCUGAAUUCUUGCAAAGAGUCUGUUCUUUUAUCUCAGGAUGUCUACAGAUUCUCCCUGUUUUUGUUUGCUUGGAAAUGUUGAUACUGGAGACUGUUAUCUGAAGAAACUGUAACCAAGCAUUUAUAGUGGCCAAGAAAUGCAUUGCCAUUAAUUGGAAGGUUGGUUAUCCUCCCACAAUGCCAAGUUAUGUAUCACUAGAUUUGAUUUAAUACAAGAUUAAGUGUAUACUGGGCAAAUUUCAUAAUGUCUGGAUGCCUUAUAUGGAAAACGGUACAACUAAAGGAAUCUGUAUUGAAAACAUGCCCACGUCAGGGCAGAUACCUACAGUACAUUCGGGGGGGGGUUCAGACCCCUUGACUUUUUCCACAUUUUUUGUUACGAUUGGACAUGGUCAAGAAAGGCCCACACCUGUCUAUAUAAGGUCCCACAGUUGACAGUGCAUGUCAGAGCAAAAACCAAGCCAUGAGUUUGAAGAAAUUGUCUGUAGAGCUCAGAGGCGGGAUUGUGUCAAGGCACAGACCUGGGGAAGGGUACCAAAAAAUAAUGCAGCAUUGAAGGUCCCCAAGAACACAGUGGCCUCCAUCAAUGUUAAAUGGAAGAAGUUUGGAACCAUCAAGACUCUUCCUAGAGCUGACCGCCAGGGCAAACUGAGCAAUCGGGGUAAAAGGGCCUUGGUCAAGGGAGGUGACCAAGAACCUGAUGGUCACUCUGAAAGAUCUCCAGAGUUCUUCUGUGGAGAUGGGAGAACCUUCCAAAAGGACAACUAUCUCUGCAGCACUCCACCAAUCAGGCUUUUAUGGUAGAGUGGACAGACAGAAGCCACUUCUCAGUAAAAGGCACAUGACAGCCUGCUUGGAGGUUGCCAAAAGGCACCCAAAGACUCUCAGACCAUGAGAAACAAGAUUCUCUGGUCCGAUUAAACUCUGGUUUGGUCUGAAUGCCAAGCGUCACGUCUGGAGGAAUCCUGGCACCAUCCCUACGGUGAAGCAUAGUGGUGGCAGCAUCAUGCUGUGGAGAUGUUUUUAGCGGCAGGGACUGGGAGAUUACUCAGGAUCGAGGCAAAGAUUAAUGGAGCAAAAUACAGAGAGAUCAUUGAUGAAAACCUGCUCCAGAGUGCCCAGGACUUCAGACUUGGGAAAAGGUUCACCUUCCAACAGGACAAUGACCGUAAGCAGACAGUCAUGACAACACAGGAGUGGCUUCAGGACAAGUCUCUCAAUGUCCUUUAGUGGCCCAGCCAGCCUGGACUUCAACCUGAUCUAACAUCUCUGGAGAGACCUGAAAAUAGCUGUGCAGCGAUGCUCCCGAUCCAACCUGACAGAGCUUGAGAGGAUCUGCAGAGAAGAAUGGGAGAAACUCACCAAAUAUAGGUGUGCCAAGCUUGUAGCGUCAUACCCAAGAAGACCUUUGGCAGCUGUAAUCACUGUCAAAGGUGCUUCAACAGAGUACCGAGUAAAGGGUCUGAAUACUUAUGUAAAUGUGAUAUUUCAGUUUUGAAUUUUUUUAAUAAAUGAGCCAAAAUUUGUGGUAUUGUGUAGAUUGAUGAGAAAAAAAUGUAUACUUUCCGAAGGCACUAGUAGGACAUGGCUCAACUGGCAAAAACCAUGAGCCAAGCAAUUGGUAUAGUAAUCUUAGUAGAUUGUACAAAGCCUCAUAUCGUUCUAUGGCAAUAAACACCAGGUGAAAAAUUGAAACAGACGUGAGGUACAUAUCAAAAUUAGAGUGCAGCAAACGAAAAGCAAGUACCAUCAGCCCUCAACAGCUCGUAUUGUACUAAAAGGUAUCACAGUCUCUCCAAGCAGCAGGUCUGCAAGUGUCAGAGACAUUAUAAGCAUGUUAGUUGGCCUGUGUAGCUGUUUCAUGUGAGCAAUGGAAAUAAUAACCACACCAUUCCCAAGAAUGGUGACGGCAUACAAAAAAAAGCUCCUUCACUGAAGAUUUCACAGGUGCAGGAGGCAUUAGAUUCUGGGUAACAGAACAGCAUUGGAUACAAUUUUUGAUGAGAUGAGAUAUCCAUUUCCCAAAACAAAAAGGCAUUUAAGUUAGAGAUGAUCACUUGCUACUGAGGUCACAGGUGCAGGUGUGAGAGGUGCUGAUCAAGCACGAUCUUCUUAAAUGAAUGAUAGUGUUUAUAGACUGGGGGUAUUUUGGUUACACCUCCUUACAGGCUGACAACCAUUUAUGAUAUGUUACGUGAUUUACAUCUGUAUGGUACAUUAGUAUAUUCAAUUAAUAUAUAUUAAAUUAACACUACGAUAGAUAGUAAGAUGAUGUCAUGAGCAUGCCUUUUAAACACUUUUUGAGGCACUUUGCUUUUACCAGUAUUUAGAGCGUUAUGCACUAGUGUUAGUGGAGGUAAAAUAUUCUAGGAAAUGUUCUUUAAUUUACAGAAGUUGUCUCCAAUCAAUCAAUCAAUGUUUGGUUGUGCGUGUGUGUUUGGUAGGGGUAGCUGUAUCCAGGGGAGGAUUUGACAUGAUACAAUGACUAUGAAGUUAAAGUGCAGACUGUCAGCUUUAAUUUAAGGCUAUUUAAUUUGAGAAAGUUAGAAGCACAAAUAUCAUACCCCCAAGACAUGCUAACCUCUCACCAUAACAAUAUGAGGGGUGGUUAGCAUUUUUUGCAGGGGUGUGAUAUUUUUGCAUCUAACUUUCUCAUUUAUCGUUAUUCACGAUUCAUUCACGAUGCACACUUUAUCCACAAUCAUGGUAGUAUCCAUAUUAAUGUAGAAGUGUUUCGAACCAAUUUACAAUAAAAAUGACUCCAAAAUGACACAACACAUUAUUUACCAUUAAUUUCUAUUGGGCACAAAAUUAUCUGAAACAAACAGCAAAUGCAUCCAACAAAUGUUUAGAGUUACAAGCUUGAUGUAGUGAUUGCGUGCUAUGAAUAUGGGACCAAAUACUUAACUUUUUACUACUUUAAUAUAUGUCCCAAUACUUUUGGUCUCAUAAAAUGGGGCGGGGGGAGGGGGGCUAUGUACAAAUAGUGUUGUAAUUUCUAAACUGUUCACCCGAUAUGGAUGGAUAUACCCUCAAAUGAAAGCUUACAGCCUUCACUUUAACUUAACUCUACACCUCCCUUUGCUCAAGCUGAGCCUUUCUAAUGGGCUCGGAAGUUGUAGCAAAUAAAUUGUCAAUCAGACUGCAUAUGAGAUUUUUUUUCAGAGCUGAUCUGUAUUAGUGGAAAGAAAUAUCACAAUUGGGAUGCCUGUCUAAACAGUGUCAAUUCCAAUUUCGGGGGUUAACCCCGACCGGGAUUCAAACCCAGAUCCAGCCAACAUCUUAACCUCUACGCCAAGAGGGCCAAAACUCUUGACGAGCUUUCUAGGUGUUGGCUUAAGGUCAUGACACUAUAACCCUUCCUUCGGGAGAGCGUGUCUUCUCACAUGUUUUCGCUUCUUAGAUGGCUUCACGGGUGCCAUCCCACUUCUGAUGUCAAUGUAGCGAAUUCGGGGGGUAGCCCCGACCGGGACUCAAACCCGGAUCCAGCAAAUGUCAAGCCAAAACCUUAACCGUUGUGGCCACCAAGAGUUUGAACCUCUUGGCUUAAUGGUUAUGGUGUUGGCUUAACAGUUGCUGGAACCAUGUUUGAGUCCUGGUCAGGGUUACCCCUGAACUUGCUACAAUACACUUCCACGGUGGCUAGGAAAAACUCCCUAGAAAGGCCAGAACCUAGGAAGAAACCGAGAGAGGAACCAGGCUAUGAAGGGUGGCCAGUCCUCUUCUGGCUGUGCCGGGUGGAGAUUAUAACAGAACAUGGCCAAGAUGUUCAAAUGUUCAUAGAUGACCAGCAGGGUCAAAUAAUAAUAAUCACAGUGGAUGUCGAGGGUGCAACAGGUCAGCACCUCAGAGGACAUACCAUUGUAUCUGUCCCAUUAUGGCAUCUGUGAGAGCAUGGGCAUCUCCAUUUUUUCUCCAUUAUGGCAUCUCCAUUUCGAAGUAGUCCAUUUUCUUCUUCUACUACUUCUAUGAGUUGGUAAACAAACUGAAAGGGUGCAUACUGCCACCUGUAAUGUGUUACUUGAACAGGUUUAAAACCAUGAUUGCUCAAGGCCAGCCUUUCUUAAAGUAUGGGUCGUGGACCUGUUAAUGGUGGGUCUUAAUGUGUCAGUGUAAAUUUAUAAUUGUUUCAUUAAUUACUAGAAUUGAUUUGGCCAAGUGCAUCCGCGCUCUCUGCUCAGUGCGCUUUCUGCUUAAGCAGCGGUCUUUGCUCAGUUUGGCAGCUGCGCAAGUGUGAGAGGGAGAUGUCAGUGUGCUUCGCGGUUUACCGGAUCUUUUUUUCUGCAGUUUUCUUGAAGAUCACGCUACGACACACACGAUGAUGCACUGUCAGCCACAGACUUGUCAUUCCCACUCGCCAUCACUCACCGCUGUCAUCAAAUGGACUCAUGCUAGCCACAAGUUCUUACUGAGCUCAAAUGUCAUAAAACGCAUAUACAGUGAUUAGUUUCUCUCUCUUUCAUACAAACUUAUAACGAGGAGCAAACAUACCCUCGUAAAACUGACUAUCCUACCGAUCCUCGACUUUGGCGAUGUCAUUUCCAAAAUAGCCUCCAACACUCUACUCAUGAAAUUGGAUGCAGUCUAUCACAGUGCCAUUCGUUUUGUCACCAAAGCCCCAAAUACUACCCACCACUGCGACCUGUACGCUCUCGUUGGCUGGCCCUCGCUACAUAUUUGUCACCAAACCCACUGGCUCCAGGUCAUCUAUAAGUCUUUGCUAGGUAAAGCCCCGUCUUAUCUCAGCUUACUGGUCACCAUUGCAACACCCACCCGUAGCACGUGCUCCAGCAGGUAUAUUUUCCUGGUCAUCCCCAAAGCCAACACCUCCUUUGGCCAACCUUCCUUUCAGUUCUCUGCUGCAAAAAUCUCUGAAGCUGGAGACAUAUCUCCCUCACUAACUUUAAGCAUCAGCUGUCAGAGCAGCUUACUGAUCACUGCACCUGUACACAGCCCAUCUGUAAAUAGCCCACCCAACUACCUCAUCCCCAUAUUGUUCUUUAUUUUUCUCUUUUGCACCCCAGUAUCUCUACUUGCACAUCAUCAUCUGCACAUCUAUCACUCCAGUGUUAAUGCUAAAUUGUAAUUAUUUCGCCACUAUGGCCUAUUUAUUGCCAUACCUCCCUAAUCUUACUACAUUUGGACACACUGUACAUAGAUUUGUCUAUUGUGUUAUUGACUGUACAUUUGUUUAUCCCAUGUGUAACUCUGUGUUUUUGUUUUUGCCGCUUUGCUUCGUCUUGGCCAGGUCGCAAUUGUAAAUCAGAACUUGUUCUCAACUGGCCGACCUGGUUACAUAAUAAAUAAAUAAAUAACAGGCCAGAAUGCUUCAGGAAACAGUGCCUCGACAGUGGAAAAGCAAGUCAGUUAGCAAGGCAUUGUUGUCAUUUUACAGCAGGUGAGGAUAAGCAGAAAUAAGGGAGUACUAACUAACAUCCAUAGUAGUAGAUGUGAGUUUCUCUUUCAAACAAUCCCCUGGCCUUGUACACAGCUAAUAGCUAACAUUCGCCAAAGCAAGCUAGCUGGCUACUGAUAGUGCAACCCUAAGUAACAGUACAGAUGAAGAUGAAAAAUGAUCAGGCCUAGUUUACAUCUACUGUAGAAAUUAUUGUUGGAAACAAGUCUAGGUUGGAACUGUUGUUGUUAAAAUACAAUAAUAAUUGUUAUUCUUAACUGGAAUAAACUGAUUGAAGCAAGAUGCUUUUUGAGGCAAACACACUCACACAGUUCUGGGUUGCUCAUCUUCAACAGGAAGCUGUCUCCUGCCAGAAAGAGAAAGCAGUAGAUGUUCUGGUCCAGUUUGGCACCACAUACCUAUGCGAGUCAGGGUUCUCAACUCUGACAAACUUAAAAAACAAGUACAGAAACAGUUUCAAGGCUGAGCAUAACCUCAGUGUUACACUGUCAAAAACAGCCCAGAAUAGACAUGUUGCUGUUAAAAUACAAUACAUAUUUUUUAUUCUGAACUGGAAUAAACAGAUGUAUCACAUCACACAGAUAUAGACCAGAAAAGGACUGUGUGUGUGUUUUCUGGUCUAUAUCUGUGUAAUAUGAUCAAUCAGUUUUUUCCAGUUCAGAAUAAAAAAAUAUGUAUUGCAUUUUAACAGCAACAGUUCCAAUCUAGACUUUCUUUCAACAAUCAUUUCUACAGUAAGAUGUACAGUAGGCCUGAUAAUUUUUCAUCUGUACUGUUACUUAGGGUUGCACUAUCAAAAUGCCUGUGUGUGUUCUGUUAUUCAUCUGUGUGAUGUGAUCAAUAUGCUUAUUCAAGUUCAGAAUGAAAAUUAUUUAUUGUAUUUUUAACAGCAAUAGUUCCAGCCUAGACAGAUAUGUGAUUUAAUGGUGGAACAAAUUCGAAGAAUUCCUUUGUCUUCAGAAGUGCGAUGGACCAAAGCUUGCUCUCACAUGAACGCGCAUGGUCAGCGCAUGUUCAGGUCAUGUUAGACCUUACUCAAUCCCCUCUCCUUCGGCUGCACUUCACAGUAGAAGCAUCAGACAAGGUUCUAAAGACUGUUGACAUCUAGUGUAAGCGAUAGGAAGUGCAACAUUACCAAUAUCCCACUGUAUCUUCAAUAGGAGCCGAGUUGAAAAUCGAGCAACCUCAGAUUUCCCACUUCCUGGUUGGAUUUUCUCAGGUUUUUGCCUGCCAUAUAAGUUAUAUACUGUGUUUAUAUGUUAUACUCACAGACAUCAUUCAAACAGUUUUAGAAACUUCAGAGUGUUUUCUAUCCAAAUCUACUAAUAAUAUGCAUAUUCUAGCUUUUAUGGCUUUGUUGCAGGUCGUUUACUCUGGGCAUGCUUUUCAUCCGGACGUGAAAAUACUACCCCCUACCCCAAAGAAGUUAACAAGUAUCCAUGUUGUUGUCAUUCCGCUAGGGACCUGUUUUCAGCGUAUGAUGAAUGAUGAUACGAGGUUAUGAUUAAUAAGUUAACUGUUUAUAGAUGUAAUAGGUAAAGACCUUGUAGAGUUUAAUUCGGGAGAUGGUAACUCUUUAAAGAACCGCUCUCGUGGUGCCACAGAUCCUAAUGAGUUAAUUGUUACAUGAUUCAUUUAAAAUUGGGUAACAAUUAAACAUUGUUAUUUAUCUAAUUAACUAACGGUCUUCAAAAAUCUCCUGGUAGCGCCUGCAUGCUCUGGACACUACGCUGACAGACACAGCAAACCUUUUUGCCACAGUUCGCAUUGAUGUGCCAUCCUGGAUGAACUGCACUAUCUGAGCCACUUGUGUGGGUUGUAGACUCCGUCUCAUGCUACCACUAGAGUGAGAGCACCGCCAGCAUUCAAAAGUGACCAAAACAUCAGCCAGGAAGCAUAGGAACUGAGAAGUGGUCUGUGGUCACCACCUGCAGAAUCACUCCUGUUUUGGGGGGUGUCUUGCUAAUUGCCUAUAAUUUCCACCUUUUGUCUAUUCCAUUUGCACAACAGCAUGUGACAUUUAUUGUCAAUCAGUGUUGCUUCCUAAGUGGACAGUUUGAUUUCACAGAAGUGUGAUUGACUUGGAGUUACAUUGUGUUGUUUAAGUGUUCCCUUUAUUUUUUUGAGUAGUGUAUUUGUGUCUUGAUUGGGCUCUGAGCGCCGACUCAGAUUAUUGCAUGGUUUGCUUUUUCUGUAAAGCUUUUUUGAAAUCUGACACAGCGGUUGAAUUAAGGAGAAGUGCAUCUAAAAUUCCAUGCAUAACAGUUGUAUCUUUUAGCAAUGUUUAUUAUGAGUAUUCCUGUAAAUUGGUGUGGCUCUCUGCAAAAUCAAAGGAUGUUUUGGAACUUCUGAACAUAACGCGCCAAUGUAAACUCUGAUUUUUGGAUAUAAAUAUGAACUUUACCGAACAAAACAUACAUGUAUUGUGUAACAUGAAGUCCUAUGAGUGUCAUCUGAUGAAGAUCAUCAAAGGUUAGUGAUGAAUUUUAUCUUUAUUUCUGCUUUUUGUGAAUCCUCUCUUUGGCUGGAAAAAUGGCUGUGUUAUUCUGUGAAUAGGCACUCACCUAACAUAAUCCUUUGGUUUGCUUUCGUCGUAAAGCCUUUUUGUAAUCGGACACUGUGGCUGGAUUUACAACAAGUGUAUUUUUAAAAUGGUGUAAAAUACAGGUAUGUUUGAGGAAUUUUAAUUAUGGGAUUUCUGUUGUUUUGAAUUUGGCGCCCUGCAGUUUCACUGGCUGUUGAAGAGGUGGGACGCUACCGUCUCACGUACCCUAGAGAGGUUAAAGAAGAGAUGGAGGGGGACAGAGACACUUAAUCAACAUUGCCACAUUCAGAAACUACUCUCACCUACAAUAACCAUAUGCUUUUCACACGAACCGCUACCCGCUUUGAGCAAAAAAUCAUUAAUAUAUUUAUGUGAAAUGCCUUGGUUUGCCAGGGAUCUCUUGGUGAACGGAGCAGCCUUGAAAGGGGGUUGGGACUUUUUGCUGCACACUUGUACGGCUCUGAUUGUCUAAAAUGGUUCCAACAACUCUUAUACUGUUGUCCAUUUUCGUAGUUGUCCGGUAUCCGGUGAUUUGUGUAAUUCUGAACAGAACUACAGAGUUAAUAUUCCUUCCAUUCAUUCUUAAAUAUGCUUAUUUGAAGACCGACUAGCCAGCCGUAUCGAUGGUUCUCCAGUGGGGUGACAAGAGUAGCGUAAUAUGAGGAUUUGAGCAGAGCAACAGGAUGGUCCUACUUAAAUUCGCUUUCGACUAUAACUUACUUAGGACAACUAAUCAGUCGUACCAGUGAUGGUCCGGGAGGUGAUUUUAUUGCCUCCACCUCGUGUUGAGAUUCAAUGUUCAACCCAUUUUAAACAUGUACCUGCCGCUUCACGCUUAAUCUGGUUCAUUGUCUUUUUUUUCUUAACCCAUCAUUUAUACCUUUUGCUUGAAAGGGGCGGUUCCGGUAGGCUGGCACGGUCCCUGACCUCACUCCGGGGCCGUGAUUACUCACUGUGCAAAGUUAUGGAAAACAAUUAUCUCUUAUAACUUCUCAAAUCACAUCCCUCUCUUAACUUCUUAUGGCUGGGUGGCAGUAUUGAGUAGCUUGGAUAAAAAGGUGCCCAGAGUAAACUGCCUGCUACUCAGGCUCAGAGGCUAAGAUAUGCAUAGUAUUGGUAAAUUUGGAUAGAAAACACCCUGAAGUUACUAAAACUGUUUGAAUAAUGUCUGUGAGUAUAACAGAACUCAUAUGGCAGGCAAAAACCUGAGAAAAAAAUCCAAAAAUCUGAGGUUUGUAGGUUUGACUAUCCAAUAUACAGUGGGACAUUGGUCAUAUUUUACUUCCUAAGGCUUCCACUAGAUGUCAACAGUCUUUAGAACCUUGUUUGAUGCUUCUACUGUGAAGAAUGAGGGAAGGAGAGCUCUUUAAGUCAGGCGUCUGGCAUGAGCUGAACAUGCGCGCUCACGUGAGAGCGACCUGCUUUGCAUUUGCAUUUCUGAAGACAAAGGAGUUCUCCGGUUGAAACAUUAUUGAAGAUUUAUGUUGUAAACAUCCCAAAAGAUCGAUUCUAUACAUCGUUUGACAUGUUUCUACGAACUGUAAUGGAAUUGUUUGACUUUUCGUCUGACCUGCGCGUCAUGAAUGUGGAUUACUGGACUGAACGCGCGAACAAAAUGAAGGUAUUUGGACAUAAAUUAUGGACUAUAUCGAACAAAACAAACAUUUAUUGUGGAACUGAGAUUCCUGGGAGUGCAUUCUGAUGAAGAUCAUCAAAGGUAAGUGAAUAUUUAUAAUGCUAUUUCUGACUUCUGUUGAUUCCGCAACAUGGUGGGUAUAUGUUUGGCUUGUUUUGGUCUCUGAGCACCGUACUCAGAUUAUUGCAUGGUUUGCUUUUUCCGUAAAACUUUUUUGAAAUCUGACAAAGCGGUUGCAUUAAGGAGAAGUAUAUCUAUAAUUCUGUGCAUAAUACUUGUAUCUUUUAUCGAACUUUAUUAUGAGUAUUUCUGUAAAUUCAUGUGGCUCUGUGCAAAUUCACGGGAUGUUUUGGAGGCAAAGCCAAAUGUUAACUGAGGUUUUUAGAUAUAAAUAUGAACUUAAUCGGACAAAACAUACAUGUAUUGUGUAACAUGUUGUCCCGGUAGUGUCAUCUGAUGAAGAAUAUUAAAGGUUAAUGAUUAAUUGUAUCUCUAUUUCUGCUUUUUGUGACUCCUCUCUUUGGUUGGAAAAUGGCUGUAUGCUUUCUGUGACUAGUUGCUGACCUAACAUAUAUGUUGUGCUUCCGCCGAAAAUCCUUUUACAUGCCGGUAAGUGAAAUCGAACAGCUACUCGAGCUGUCAUGUGACCGAAUACUGCAGACAACGCAUUCACAGAUGCAGACGAGAGUACUGAAUUAGCGUACCAUGAGUUUUAAUGCUCAGAGGGAGACGGCACAGUAUUCCGUUUAAGUCAGAAACCAAAACUCCUCCAUAGUGACCUGUGAAUGCGUUGUCUGCAGCAUUCGGUCACAUGACAGCUCGAGCAGCUGUUCGAUUUCACUUACCGGCAUGUAAUCUGAGCUAGGAUCACAGUCAAACAGAUUUUGCUGAUUCGGUCACUCAUUUGUAUAAUUUGUUUUGUGUUUCCCCUCUAUGCUUGCGUUAAGUUUCCAAAAUAUGUCUGUUACAUAGGCAAGGAGAUACAUUUUCUUUUCCUUACACAAAGUCAAGUCUGUUUUUAAUUUGACAUCCAUUGCGAAUGACAACAGCUCUUCUCUCAAUUCAAAAAAUAUUUCCAAAACUCCACCUGGAUAACCCCCAAGCCUUGGUGUGAAAUAGAACAUUGUCAUGCUCUGAUCCCAUAUCUCCACAUAGUUUAGCGAACAGGCGUGUGUGAUGUAGUUUACAAUCGAAGUUACCUGCUGCAUAUCUCGGAAUACUGCUCUCAGCUCUUUUGCCGCCAGUUGCUCUCGGUGUAUCCAUUAUAGCUCAGUGGGUGUAUCAUACAAUACGUCUAUAUGGCAGAGGGAGACAUAACUAGAGUGCAGAGGCCUGUCCGCCGUCCAGUGAUAGAUGGAGCCCCAUUUGUGCAAAAGCCAGCCAUUCAAUCCCAUGGUAUCUGUUUUUCGUCAAAAUAGCCACGCAGCACACUGAACAUCCCCUGUGUUGUUUCAUGCUUAGGAAUCGUGAGACAGAACAAUAUGUCCUCGUGAAUAGCAUCCCCCAACAUGUGGCGGACAAAAGUCAGUCCUCUUGAUUGCUACACUACAGUGCAUUCGGAAAGUAUUCAGACCCCUUGACUUACUCCACAUUUUGUUAUGUUACAGCCUUACUCUAAAAUGUAUGAUAUUGUUUUUUCCCCUCAUCAAUCUACGCACAAUACCCUAUAAUGACAAAGCAAAAAACAGUUUUUUAGACAUUUUAGACAUAAUAUAAAACUUUAAAUAAUUUUUUAAAAGUAUUCAGACCCUUUACUCAGUACUUGUUGAAGCACCUUUGGCAGCGAUUACAGCCUCUAGGCUUCUUGGAUAUGACGGUACAAGCUUGGCACACCUGUUUUUCACAUUCUUCUCUGCAGAUCCUCUCAAGCUCUGUCAGGUUGUAUGGGGAGCGUCCCUGCACAACUAUUUUCACAUCUCCAGAGAUGUUCGAUCGGGUUCAAGUCGGCUCUGGCUGGGCCACUCGAGGACGUUCAGAGACUUCUCCCGAAGCCAUUCUUGCGUUGUCUUGGCUAUGCGCUUAAGGUCGUUGUCCUAUUGAAGGGGAACCUUCACCCCAGUCUGAGGUCCUGAGCGGUCUGGAGCAGGUUUCCAUCAAGGGUCUUUCUGUACUUUGCUCCGUUCAUCUUACCCUCAAUCCUGACUGGUCUCCCAGUCCCUGCCACUGAAAAACAUCCCCACAGCAUUAUGCUCCCUACACCAUGCUUCACCGUAGGCAUGGUGCCAGAUUUCCUUCAGAUGUGACUCUUGGCAUUAAGGCCAAAGAGUUCAGUCUUGGUUUCAUCAGACCAGAGAAUCUUGUUUCUCAUUGUCUGAGAGUCUUUAGGUGCCUUUUGGCAAACUCCAAGCGGGCUGUCAUGUGCCUUUUACUGAUGAGUGGCUUGUAUCUGGCCAUUCUACCAUAAAGGACUGAUUGGUGGAGUGCUGCAGAGAUGGUUGUCCUUCUGGAAUGUUCUCCCAUCUUCACAGAGGAACUCCGGAGCUCUGUCAGAGUGACCAUCGGGUACUUGGUCACCUCCCUGACCAAGGCCCUCCUCCCCCUAUUGCUCAGUUUGGCCGGGCGGACAGCUCUAGGAAGAGUCUUGGUGGUUCCAAACUUCUUCCAUUUAAGAAUGAUGGAGGCCACUCUAUUCUUGGGGACCUUCAAGGCUGCAGAGUUUUUUUGGUACCCUUCCCCAGAUCUGUGCCGACACAAUCCUGUCUCGGAGCUCUACAGACAAUUCCUUCGACCUCAUGGCUUGGUUUUUGAUCUGACAUGCACUGUCAACUGUGGGACCUUAUAUAGACAGGUGUGUGCCUUUCCAAAUCAUGUCCAAUCAAUUGGAUUUACCACAGGUGAACUCCAAUGAAGUUGUAGAAACAUCUAAAGGAUGAUCAAUGGAAACAAGAUGCACUUCAGCUCAAUUUCGAGUCUCAUAGCAAAGGGUCUGAAUACUUAUGUAAAUAUAGUAUGCCGUGGAAAUUACAGUUAGGGACACCUGAAGUCAAUCUUAAAUGAAUCAUUCUUUAUUAUUAACAGCAAGCUGGAGAGGUCACAGUCAAACUUAAAUGCAUAAUGUACCGGGCUUAGGUGAGCUCUACCGGGGCAGUCCCGUUAGUUCUCUUAUGAGUGAUUUUUUUUAUUAUUAUUAUUAUAAUUUUUUUGCCCCUUUUCUCCCCAAUUUUCGUGGUAUCCAAUCGCUAGUAAUUACUAUCUUGUCUCAUCGCUACAACUCCCGUACGGGCUCGGGAGAGACGAAGGUCGAAAGCCAUGCGUCCUCCGAAGCACAACCCAACCAAGCCGCACUGCUUCUUUAACACAGCGCGCCUCCAACCCGGAAGCCAGCCGCACAUAUGUUCCAAGAAGGCGUAGCAGUCGGACGUGUAUUUGUCUUGUCUUGUCCCGUCUUGUCCCGCGUAAAUAGUCCUCGUAUUUUUUGUAUACAUUUCGUAUAUAUUUUAAUUUCACUUUCCAUCUUGGAACUGAAUAUACAUUCCCGCAACCCGCCUCACCCAAUGUGGUACGGAUCUGCUAUUUUUUAUACUUUAGAACCGUAACCCCAAUCAGAAGCUAGCCAGAUAACUAGCUACUAGCUAGUAGUCAGUUAGCCACUGCUGCGGUCUUCGCCCUUAACUCGGACACCAGCCAGCUUCAGCUCGGGCAAAUACCUGCCAGUCUGCAGGCGCGAUAUCAACCCAGAGAAUAUAGGACUGCUUUUUCUCUACCACAUCACCGGAUUCCUGAUGCAAGCUCUGGACAAUUACACCGGAUCAUCGUCGCUAGCUAGCUGCAACCAGGUGGCUACUACUGGCUAAUACCUCUGUCCCGAAACAAGCACCAGUUAGCCUUGAACUAGCCUCGAGCUGGGCCCAUCUGCCGGCUAGCCGAAGAGGCCUACCAGCGAAUUAUUGGGCUACAAUACCUCUUUUGCCAAUUGGACUGGACCCUUUAUUGCCGACACGGAGCCCCGCCGAUCCAUCACGACUGGUCUGCCGACGUAAUUGUCCGAGGUGGUUUCAACAGGCUUUUCCAUUGCGACGUUUCUGAAUACCCAUCUGCUAAUUAUUAGCUGUCUUAUCGGCUGCUAUCUAAAUAAAUAUACCGGACAAUUUUUAUUUUUUUAUUUUUUCCUGGGUCACUAUAUCUAUUUUGCCAAUUGGAUCGAUCCCCUCUACCACACGGAACCCCACUAAUCUACCGACGGAAACGAACGAGGUGACAAAAAAAUUAAAAAAUAAAUAAAAUAAAAACAGACCUCCAUCCUAUGUUAUCUUGCUACCGAUUGCCAGCUACCCGGCCAGCUGUCUGGAUCGCCGUGCCCCCAACCAACCUCUACUCACUGGACCCUUAUGAUCACUCGAUUAAGCAUGCCUCUCCUUAAUGUAAAUAUGCCUUGUCCAUUGCUGUUCUGGUUAGUGUUUAUCGGCUUAUUUCACUGUAGAGCCUCUAGCCCUGCUCACUAUAUAUCCAACCUCUCAGUUCCACCACCCACAUAUGCGAUGACAUCACCUGGUUUCAAUGAUGUUUCUAGAGACUAUAUCUCUCUCAUCAUCACCCAUUACCUAGGUUUACCUCCACUGUAUUCACAUCCUACCAUACGUUUGUCUGUACAUUAUUCCUUGAUGCUAUUUUAUCGCCCCCAGAAACUUCCUUUUACUCUCUGUUCUAGAUGUUCCAAACGACCAAUUCUCAUAGCUUUUAGCCGUACCCUUAUCCUACUCCUCCUCUGUUCCUCUGGUGAUGUAGAGGUGAAUCCAGGCCCUGCAGUACCUAGCUCCACUCCUAUUCCCCAGGCGCUCUCUUUUGAUGACUUCUGUAACCGUAAUAGCCUUGGUUUCAUGCAUGUUAACAUUAGAAGCCUCCUCCCUAAGUUUGUUUUGUUCACUGCUUUAGCACACUCUGCCAACCCAGAUGUUUUAGCCGUGUCUGAAUCCUGGCUUAGGAAGACCACCAAAAAUUCUGACAUUUUUAUCCCUAACUACAAGAUUUUCAGACAAGAUAGAACGGCCAAAGGGGGCGGUGUUGCAAUCUACUGCAAGGAUUGCCUGCAGAAUUCUGUUUUACUAUCCAGGUCUGUUCCGAAACAAUUUGAACUCCUACUUUUAAAAAUCCACCUCUCUAAAAACAAGUCUCUCACUGUUGCCGCCUGCUAUAGACCACCCUCUGCCCCCAGCUGUGCUCUGGACACCAUAUGUGAACUGAUUGCCCCCAAUCUAUCUUCAGAGCUUGUGCUGCUAGGCGACCUAAAUUGGAACAUGCUUAACACCCCAGCCAUCCUACAAUCUAAGCUUGAUGCCCUCAAUCUCACACAAAUUAUCAAUGAACCUACCAGGUAUCACCCCAAUUCCGUAAACACGGGUACCCUCAUAGACAUCAUCCUAACCAACUUGCCCUCCAAAUACACCUCUGCUGUUUUCAACCAAGAUCUCAGCGAUCACUGCCUCAUUGCCUGUAUCCGUAAUGGGUCAGCGAUCAAACGACCUCCACUCAUCACUGUCAAACGCUCCCUGAAACACUUCAGCGAGCAGGCCUUUCUAAUCGACCUGGCCGAGGUAUCCUGGAAGGAUAUUGAUCUCAUCCCGUCAGUAGAGGAUGCCUGGAUAUUUUUAAAAAAUGCCUUCCUCACCAUCUUGAAUAAGCAUGCCCCAUUCAAGAAAUUUAGAACCAGGAACAGAUAUAGCCCUUGGUACUCUCCUGACUGCCCUUAACCAACAGAAAAACAUCCUAUGGCGUUCUGCAUUAGCAUCGAACAGCCCCCGUGAUAUGCAACUUUUCAGGGAAGCUAGAAACCAGUAUACACAGGCAGUUAGAAAAGCCAAGGCUAGCUUUUUCAAGCAGAAAUUUGCUUCCUGCAACACAAACUCAAAAAAGUUCUGGGACACUGUAAAGUCCAUGGAGAAUAAGAACACCUCCUCCCAGCUUCCAACUGCACUGAAGAUAGGAAAUACUGUCACCACCGACAAAUCCAUUAUAAUUGAGAAUUUCAAUAAGCAUUUUUCUACGGCUGGCCAUGCUUUCCACCUGGCUACCCCUACCCCGGUCAACAGCACUGCCCUCCCCUCUGCUACUCGCCCAAGCCUUCCCCAUUUCUCUUUCUCCCAAAUACAGUCAGCUGAUGUUCUGAAAGAGCUGCAAAAUCUGGACCCUUACAAAUCAGCCGGGCUAGAUAAUCUGGACCCUUUCUUUCUAAAACUAUCUCCUGAAAUUGUUGCCACCCCUAUUACCAGCCUUUUCAACCAGCCUUUUCAACCUCUCUUUCGUGUCGUCUGAGAUUCCCAAAGAUUGGAAAGCAGCUGCGGUUAUCCCCCUCUUCAAAGGGGGAGACACUCUAGACCCAAACUGCUACAGACCUAUAUCUAUCCUACCCUGCCUUUCUAAGGUCUUCGAAAGCCAAGUCAACAAACAGAUUACCGACCAUCUCGAAUCCCACCAUACCUUCUCCGCUAUGCAAUCUGGUUUCAGAGCUGGUCAUGGGUGCACCUCAGCCACGCUCAAGGUCAUAAACGAUAUCUUAACCGCUAUCGAUAGGAAACAGUACUGUGCAGCCAUAUUCAUUGACCUGGCCAAGGCUUUUGACUCUGUCAAUCACCACAUCCUCUUCGGCAGACUCGACAGCCUUGGUUUCUUUAAUGAUUGCCUCGCCUGGUUCACCAACUACUUCUCUGAUCGAGUUCAGUGUGUCAAAUCGGAGGGUCUGUUGUCCGGACCUCUGGCAGUCUCUAUGGGGGUGCCACAGGGUUCAAUUCUUGGACCGACUCUCUUCUCUGUAUACAUCAAUGAUGUCGCUCUUGCUGCUGGUGAGUCUCUGAUCCACCUCUACGCAGACGACACUAUUCUGUAUACUUCUGGCCCUUCUCUUGACACUGUGUUAACAACCCUCCAGGCGAGCUUCAAUGCCAUACAACUCUCCUUCCGUGGCUUCCAAUUGCUCUUAAAUACAAGUAAAACUAAAUGCAUGCUCUUCAACCGAUCGCUACCUGCACCUGCCCGCCUGUCCAGCAUCACUACUCUGACUUAGAAUAUGUGGACAACUACAAAUACCUAGGUGUCUGGUUAGAUUGUAAACUCUCCUUCCAGACUCACAUCAAGCAUCUCCAAUCCAAAGUUAAAUCUAGAAUCGGCUUCCUAUUCCGCAACAAAGCAUCCUUCACUCAUGCUGCCAAACAUACCCUUGUAAAACUGACCAUCCUACCAAUCCUCGACUUCGGUGAUGUCAUUUACAAAAUAGCCUCCAAAACCCUACUCAAUAAAUUGGAUGCAGUCUAUCACAGUGCCAUCCGUUUUGUCACCAAAGCCCCAUAUACUACCCACCACUGCGACCUGUACGCUCUCGUUGGCUGGCCCUCGCUUCACACUCGUCGCCAAACCCACUGGCUCCAGGUCAUCUACAAGACCCUGCUAGGUAAAGUCCCCCCUUAUCUCAGCUCGCUGGUCACCAUAGCAACGCCCACCCGUAGCACGCGCUCCAGCAGGUAUAUCUCUCUGGUCACCCCCAAAACCAAUUCUUCCUUUGGCCGCCUCUCCUUCCAGUUCUCUGCUGCCAAUGACUGGAACGAACUACAAAAAUCUCUGAAACUGGAAACACUUAUCUCCCUCACUAGUUUUAAGCACCAGCUGUCAGAGCAGCUCAUAGAUUACUGCACCUGUACAUAGCCCAUCUAUAAUUUAGCCCAAACAACUACCUCUUUACCUACUGUAUUUAUUUAUUUUGCUCCUUUGCACCCCAUUAUUUCUAUCUCUACUUUGCACCUUCUACCACUGCAAACCAACCAUUCCAGUGUUAUUUUUUUUACUUGCUAUAUUGUAUUUACUUCGCCACCAUGGCCUUUUUAUAUAUUUUUUAUUUAUUUAUAUAUAUAUAUUUUGUUUGCCUUCACCUCCCUUAUCUCACCUCACUUGCUCAUAUUGUAUAUAGACUUAUUUUCACUGUAUUAAUGACUGUAUGUUUGUUUUACUCCAUGUGUAACUAUGUGUUGUUGUAUGUGUCGAACUGCUUUGCUUUAUCUUGGCCAGGUCGCAAUUGUAAAUGAGAACGUGUUCUCAAUUUGCCUACCUGGUUAAAUAAAGGUGAAAUAAAUAAAUAAAUAAAAAUGUGUCGGAGGAAACACCGUGCACCUGGCCCCCUUGGUUAGCGCGCACUGCGCCCAGCCCGCCACAGGAGUCGCUGGAGCGCGAUGAGACAAGGAAAUCCCUACCGGCCAAACCCUCCCUAACCCGGACGACGCUGGCCCAAUUGUGCGUCGCCCCACGGACCUCCCGGUCGCGGCCGGCUGCGACAGAGCAUGGGGGCGAACCCAGAGACUCUGGUGGCGCAGUUAGCACUGCGAUGCAGUGCCCUAGACCACUGCGCCACCCGGGAGGCCCCGUUAGUUCUCUUAUAUACUGCUUACACAGAGAAGUUAUAUUUGCAUGAUUUAGCUUAUUCAUCAUUCAUAACGAAUUCCUCAUUGACGUUUGGUUCAUGCAUGUGGCCGACCAAUGCCUCACUAGGCUUCUUCUCUCCAAACUGAGACCUUGAAAUUGAGAUAUACAUUUUCUUCUCAAAAAAAGGUUCUGGGCAUACUGUCAAAUUGCAGAUUCUGAUAGUGAGGAUUCCUCCCAGGCACGUCUCUUGCAUGAACACAGAAAUUGCUAAUUAGAAAAGCACAAACAUAACAUUUUCCAUCAAAGGUAUUUCUGUUUUUUAUUUGUAAUACAUUUGCAAUUUUUUUUAAACUUGUUUUCACAUUGUCAUUAUGGGGUAUUGUGUACACAUUGAGGAUUUUUAAAAUCCAUUUAAAAUAAGGCUGUAACAUAAGAAAAUGCGGAAAAAGGGAAGGGGUCUUAAUACUUUCCGAAUGCACUGUGUAUAUACAGUUGAAGUCGGAAGUUUACAUACACUUACGUUGGAGUCAUUAAAACUUGUUUUUCAACCACUCCACACAUUUCUUGUUAACAAACUAUAGUUUUGGCAAGUCGGUUAGGACAUCUACUUUGUGCAUGAUACAAGUAAUUUCUACAACAAUUGUUUACAGACAGAUUAUUUCACUUAUAAUUCACUGUAUCACAAUUCCAGUGGGUCAGAAGUUUACAUACACUAAGUUGACUGUGCCUUUUCACAGCUUGGAAAAUGAUAUCAUGGCUUUAGAAGCUUCUGAUAGGCUAAUUGACAUCAUUUAAUUUGAGUCAAUUGGAGGUGUACUUGUGGAUGUAUUUCAAGGCCUACCUUCAAACUCAGUUCCUCUUUGCUUGACAUCAUUUGAAAAUCAAAAGAAAUCAGCCAAGACCUCAGGAAAAAAAUUGUAGACCUCCACAAGUCUGGUUCAUCCUUGGGAGCAAUUUCCAAACGCCUGAAGGUACCACGUUCAUCUGGACAAACAAUAGUACACAAGUAUAAACACCAUAGAACCACGCAGCAUCAUACCGCUCAGGAAGGAGACGCCUUCUGUCUCCUAGAAAUGAACAUACUUUGGUGCGAAAAGUGCAAAUCAAUCCCAGAAGAACAGCAAAGGACCCUCAUGUGAAGAUGCUGGAGGAAACAGGUACUAAAGUAUUUAUAUCCACAGUAAAAUGAGUCCUAUAUCGACAUAACCUGAAAGGCCGCUCAGCAAGGAAGAAGCCACUGCUCCAUAACCGCCAUAAAAAACCCAGACUACGGUUUGCAACUGCACAUGGGGACAAAGAUCAUACUUUUUGGAGAAAUGUCCUCUGGUCUGAAGAAACAAAAAUAGAACUGUUUGGCCAUAAUGACCUUCGUUAUGUUAGGAGGAAAAAGGGUGAGGCUAGCAAGCCGAAGAACUCCAUCCUAACCGUGAAGCACGGGGGUGGCAGCUUCAUAUUGUGGGGGUGCAUUGCUGCAGGAGGGACUGGUGCACUUCACAAAAUAGAUGGCAUCAUGAGUCAGGUAAAUUAUGUGGAUAUAUUGAAGCAACAUCUCAAGACAUCAGUCAGGAAGUUAAAGCUUGGUCGCAAAUGGGCCUUCCAAAUGGACAAUGACCCCAAGCAUACUUCCAAAGUUGUGGCAAAAUGGCUUAAGGACAACAAAGUCAAGGUAUUGGAGUGGCCGUCAUAAACCCUGACCUCAAUCCUAUAGAACAUUUGUGGGCAGAACUGAAAAAGCGUGUGCGAGCAAGGAGGCCUACAAACCUGACUCAGUUACACCAGCUCUCUCAGGAGGAAUGGGCCAAAAUUCACCCAACUUCUUGUUGGAAGCUUGUGGAAGGCUACCCGAAAUCUUUGACCCAAGUUAAACAAUUUAAAGGCAAUGCUAUCAAAUACUAAUUGAGUGUAUGUAAACUUCUGACCCACUGGGAAUGUGAUGAAAGAAAUAAAAGCUGAAAUAAAUCAUUCUCUCUACUAUUAUUCUGACAUUUCACAUUCUUAAAAUAAAGUGGUAAUCCUAACUGGCCUAAGACAGGAAUUUUUACUAGGAUUAAAUGUCAGGAAUUGCGAAAACUGAGUUUAAAUGUAUUUGGCUAAGGUGCAUGUAAACUUCCUUCUUCAACCGUAUACAAAAGUAUGUGGACACCCCUUCAAAUUAGUGGAUUCGGCUAUUUCAACCACACACGUUGCUGACAGGUGUAUUAAAUUGAGCACACCGCCAUGCAAUCUCCAUAGACAAACAUUGGCAGUUGAAUGGCCUUACUGAAAGUGCCACUUUCAACGUGGCACUGUCUUAUGAUGCCACCUUUCCAACAAUGAUUGCCUAUUAUAGCAUCAAUUAUUUGUUUCACAGUGUUAUCUGACAAAGGUAUUCAUGUGAGUGUCUGUGCCUCUGCCUCCACAACACAGACACCAGAAAAGAAGUAGAUACUUCUCAAAUAAUGACAUGCCUCCUUUGUGUAAUACAGUCCAUUUAGUGAGCCAGCAGCAGUGCCAUUCGUUGAUGUAUAAGUGCGGUUAGUAUUUCAUGAGACAUUGUCGAGAUGAUCAACUAAUGAUGUUAUAUCUACAGCGAGAUAUAACAGUGAGAACAUGCUGCCGACAAACAGGGCCCAGUAGAUGAUUAUUUUGAUGUUCCUCUUCAUUCAGAUGUAGGGUGCAUGCUGGGCAGGGACGAUCCGGGUGAAGUAGUUAAAAUUCAGACAAGUCGAGAUUGACAUGUUGGUGGGUGAUGAGUACACCAUUAUCAGAACACCAGCAAAGCAGAGCUCUGAAUGUUCAUUUGAAGAAGAAUCAGCACAAGUAUUCCUUUGCAAUAAGAGAGACUAGAAAAACUAAAAAACCAAGGCUCCUUGGAGUAUAUUCAAAGGCCGUUUGAGAGGGUUUCAAAUGUCUCCUUACAGCACUAUUGAGACCGGCUCAACUUAAACAAGAAUUCUGAAAGGUUUUGUUUUUAUAUAUCUAGGUGGGACAGUAUAUAGGCCUUAAUAUUGGUAUGUGAACCUCAUCACACUCUUAUGAACAUACUGCAGAGUUAUAUAUCGUAUGUUCUGCACAUGUUAUGUUUGUGCUCUUGAAUACAAAUGAAUGUGAACAAAUGAAAACGUAUCAGUACUGAAUCACCUGGAAUGAGUUAUCCAUCUUGUUAAUCUUUUUCUCUGCAAAACUGACAGGUGCUCAACUGAAGACGUUUGUUUGUCUGUCCGUAUUUAUUUGGACAGUGAAGCUAUGUUUUUUACAUUUCGCUCUAUACUUCAUAAUUUUGGAUUUAAGAUACAUUGUUUCAUAUGAGGUUACAGUACAGAAUGUCACCUUUUAUUUGAAGGUAUUUUCAUACAUAUCUGUUUUACCGUUUGGCCCCAUAUUCCUAGCAUGCAAUGACUACUUCAAGCUUGGGCUCUAGAAACCUGUUGGCUGCAUUUGCAGUUUGUUUUGGUUGUUUGGUUAUGUUUUGCCCCAAUAUAAACUGAAUGAUGAAUAUUAUAAUGUGUCGUUUUGGACACACGUUUUGGAGUCACUUUUAUUGUAAAUAAGAAGAGAUGUUUCUGAACACUUCUACAUUGUGUAUGCUACCAUGAUUGUGGAUAAUCAUGAAUUAAUUGUGAAUAAUGAUGAGUGAGAACACUAGAGGAACUAAGAUCAUAACCCCCCAAAACAUGCAAACCUCCCCUUUUAUUGGUAAUUGUGAGAGGUAAGUGUGUUUUAGGGUUAUGAUCUUUGAGUAUCUGUAACUUUCUCACUCAUCGUUAUUCACGAUUCAUUCAUUAUUAUCUGUAAUCAUGGUAACAAUCCCCUUAAUAUAGAAGUGUUCAGAAACAGGGCAAUUUCUAGCGUUUUUGGGCCCCUAAGCAUUUCCUGGUUGAUACAAUUCUAAUAAUUCACCUAAUUUCAGUUUAUGGGGCAAAACAAGCAGUCAAUGUGUAGAGAAUCAUUGUACCAUCUAAACCGCUGUGAAAUAUAUUUUCAAUAACCAAAAAUAUUGUGUUUGAAGCUGGUGUACAAAACCAAAAGGAAAAGAAGCAAAAACAAAACUUAAGGGGAAGCCAAGAAGCUUUCCCAGAACAGAUGCACUGGCUUCAUAGACUUGCUUUCAAUGCGAAAGACAGAUCAAUAAAUCACAUUGCUAUGUGAAUUUGGUAGGGUCACCCAAAAAGUUACAUAUUGUAGCUUUAAAUGAGUGCAUUUAUGUACAAAAAUAAUACAAGAAGUAUUGAGUUGAAACAUGGAUAAUUGGUGGAGUACUGUGGAUACUACUAAACCUUGUAAACCUCCAAGGCCCAUGUUGCCCAGGGUUAAGAACGUACAUUGUAGAUUAAUAUUAUUACAUUGUAUUGUAUUAUACCCUCUAAAUAUUAUUAUUCCAAUCUGUUGUUUGUAAUAUUAUUAUUAUUUUUUUAAAGAUAAAAAAGAGAAACGGGACGGCGGACACCACGUUGAUAACGCCUGCCCUAGAGAUCUGGAUUGCGUGACCGGUCAGUAAUUUGGCCAUGAUUACUUCAAGGUUUAGAUGGCUGGGUAGACUACCUUACCUAAGGGGGGCCCUAACCGUCCGCUUGUCUCUUAUUCCUAGAAACGGCACUGUUCAGAAACUAUUCUAUUCUUAUUUACAAUAAAAGUGACUCCACAACAUUAUUUACCAUUCAUUUCUAUCGGGCAAUACAUUUCCAUUUUUACCCAUUAAAUUACUGGGAAUGUAUACAUAUUGAGUGUGCGACUCUCUUUGUUUUAUAGUUUAUAAUUUAUUCACCGUUAGUCAGCACCUCUAAACUAAAUCAUUUCCUCUGGGUGUGCGCCUGUUCAUGCUUUUUAUUACACGCCAUUAUCUGAAACGCAAACAAAACAAACUGCAAAAGCAUCAGACAAGUUUGUAGAGCGACAAGCUUGAUGCAGUCAUUGUGUGCUAGGAAUAUGGGACCAAAUACUACACUUUUGACAAAAUGUAAUACUUAUGACACCUUCAAAUUCAGGGGACCACAGAUGUAGGAUCUUUUGCUACAGCAGGAAAAAUAAUCCUGCAGCAACAGGAAAUGUGGAUUAUAAUGAAUGGACACUUUUGUAGGGUCUGAUAUUUUAUUUGCCAUAACAAAAAAUCUAAGUGGAAAUAAAAAAUGUUAGAAGCCUUUUUAAAACUCAAAUACACUACAAUUUUGCAUUUCCUUCUAUGCAGGAAAAUUCUCAGCAAAAAGUGUGAUCAAAUUAAGAACGCACUCUGUAGAUACAUAAAGUGCAUUCAUUUCUAAACAGUAAAACAAAUAUGUAUAAAAAAUACCCUAAAAUAAAAGGUGACUACUGUCACUUCAUAUGAAUUAUUUGAUCAGAAAUGCUGGAGUAUAGAGCAAUAUUCAACUGGAUUAUACUUGUUUUUAAACCUACACACCUGUGUCUGAUAUGGUUUAAUAAAGGACUGAGAACAAAG